UCCAACAGCCGGACUCCGCAAAACUCGCAAGCCGCAUUUUAUUUGUCCAUUAAAACAUCUGUUGGGCUACUUUCAUUCACCCAGACAUGUCGACCGCCAUGUAUCCCCAAGAGAACAUCCACAACUUUAUCCCAAAGCAGGAGCUCAAAGUGGACAAACCACCAAGAUAUAUAUCCAAGUUCAGGUCAACAGUUGUGCAGGAAAAAAAGUUAAAUAAAGAUGCAAGGAAAACAAUGGGGCCAGUGAAAGUAGAGGAGCCAUCCCCCAAGAAAUACCUGCGGAAGCAUUCCAGGGAGCCCACACUAUGUUCAAAAGUGAGUGGCAACACAUGCACUUUGAAGAAACCAGAGGUUCCUAAGCGGAUGGACAACCCACGUAUGGGCAUUCAUCCCAAAAAAGACUUUGUAAAAACGAAUGCCAUGGAGAACAUCAUGGCAGUACCGCGGAAGCCACAGCCCAUCUAUGCAGAUACCAAGAGGGGGCACAAACAGCCCCUAGAAAACUCAGGGCUGGUCCCUAAGUACAUCAAGAAAAAGGACUAUGGAGAGACACCAGAGUACCUACUGCAGCGCAAGGAGGAGGUUAGAAAGGCCCAGGAGGCAAAUGACAAUUAUGACAAGGAACGGAUGAAACAGGAGAUAUUGAAGCAGUUGUCUGAGGAGGAGCGACAGACCACCCUCGAGAGCCUAAAGAAGAACUGGGGAGAUCUGCAUCACCAGUACCAGGGCCUCUCGGUGGUCACAGACACGACACCCAAAAAGCACCACAAAGAGCGGCUAGAGUUGGCUAUGAAACAGCUGGAGGAUGACAUCGGCCUAAUCGGGAGAUGCAAGACCAUCUACAUAGCAGACAAUUAAGACAUUUAAACCCUUGAGAAGAGAAUAUCAGCCCAAAGCAGAGUUUGAAAAAUGUCUUUCUGGACCAUUGCCUGCUCAGAUAGUUGUCUGGCUGGGGUCUUCCUGUUUGGAUGAUAAU